AAAGACUUUAAAAAAGUCAAAUAAAAAGAAAAAAAAUGGGACCUAGGGGAUAAUUAAAGACAAAUUUGUUUGACUUGAGAGUCUUACAUGUAGUAAAGAAAAUUUUCAUUUUUUAUUACUCGGUCUAAGUUGAACAUUUUUUUUAUCUUCUUCGAGUCAGCACUACUGAUUCAGCUAGUAUUAAAUUAAUUUCCGGCCACCAUGACUAACGGAAAAGAAGAAGCCAUUAACGUUACCGGCCACAUUCCGGCGUUUGAUCCGGCGGAGAAACCCCCAAGAAACAAAUAUGCCCUGGCCUGCUCUCUUUUAGCUUCACUCGCUUCCAUCUUGCUUGGCUAUGAUAUUGGGGUGAUGAGUGGAGCAGUCAUGUACAUCAAAGAUGACCUUGAGAUAACGGACGUCCAAGUGGAGAUCCUCGCCGGGAUACUGAACGUGUUCUCUCUGGUUGGUUCCGCCGCGGCCGGGAGGACCUCCGACUGGAUUGGCCGCCGGUACACCAUGGUGGUCGCCUCCGUGAUCUUCUUCGUGGGUGCCAUCCUCAUGGGUUUCGCCACCAACUACGCUUUCCUGUUGGCGGGCCGCUUCGUCGCCGGUGUCGGAGUGGGGUACGCGCUCAUGAUUGCUCCCGUUUACACCGCCGAGGGGGAUGGCGCGGCGGCAGGGGGGGCAACGCUGGCCGAGGUAACCGCGGCGGAGCUGGUGGCGGUCCAGCAAGCGGACCGGCGGCACACACGGCUCAGGCCAACGCAACGGAUGGAAGGCGUGAGCUCCAUCAACCGAAUCUACCUUCUCUCACAACCAAUCAAUGGAAUGCACUUAUGGGACUCUUAAACGAGAAGGAUUCGGGUAUGGAAAAAAAAUUUUCAGGUAUGACUAAUACUUCUUGGAUCAUUGAUAGUGGAGCCAGUCAACAUAUGACCAGUGAUAAAAAGUGUCUUGAAAAUUUGGAAGUCAUAAAACCUUGCUCAGUUGGCCUACCAAAUGGAGAUUGUGCGAUAGCCAACCAAAAGGGGAGUGUGGUUGUAGAUAAUUUGAUCACCUUAGAAAAUGUUUUGCUAGUUCCUCAACUCAACUGCAAUCUUAUAUCUGU